AUUCAUUUUACUUAUUGUACAUCCAUCCAUUGCAUAUAUAAUACGCGGUGGAGAGGGCUUAAAAUGCUCGUUUUGUAGAAAGUGAACUGAAAACUCACUAACGAACGGUCAUCUAGGUGAACCAUUCAUGGCGCCAAGUGCCAUUGUAGAGCUUCAUAGUAACUCCGGCGACUGGGAUAAGAUAGUGGCGGAGAUUGUGAAAUUGGAGAGAAAAAUAUUUCCCAAACAUGAAUCACUUGCUACGUUCUUUGACCAAGAACUGAGAAAGAAGAACUCUGGAUUGCUUUACCUUGACGUGGAUGGAGAAAUUAUAGGCUAUGUCAUGUAUUCGUGGCCUUCUUCCUUGUACGCCUCUAUCACAAAGCUGGCAGUGAAGGAGCAAUGGAGGAGGCAAGGCCAUGGGGAGAUUCUGCUAAAGGCAGCAAUAGAGAAAUGCAGAACAAGGAAAGUCGCUCGCAUAUUGCUUCAUGUUGAUCCCACGAGGACUCCAGCCUUGACACUUUACAAGAAGCGAGGCUUCCAGGUCGACGCUUUGAUCGAAGGGUACUACUCCUCUGAUCGAAAUGCUUAUAGAAUGUACUUGGAUUUGGACGACGCCAAUUAACGCACUGGCUAAUUAAGCACUUUCUAUUGUAGUUUUUACUUUUUACUAGCUCUGUUGUAAUUUUCUGAAUGCUGAAUUUUUGAGGAUUUUAGUCAAUAUUGAAGAAGAAAUUUUCAUACCCA